AUGUCUUCGCCCAAGAGCUCGCCGUCAGAGCGAGCCACCUCUCAGCCCUACACGCUCGUUCCCAACCUCCACGUUCCGGACCCGACGGUGCGCGAGAUUGAUCUGGGCAGCUACUCAUGGAUGAUGGCCACAGUCAUCGAGGACGAUGACCUCAUGUUUGGCGGCAAGCCGUUGAGCACCUGGUACGAGGAAGAGCGGAGGAGGCUCAGCAACGGCGGCAACAAUGAGGAAGAGAGCCGCGGGAGACCACGGGAGCGAUCCAGGAUCGACAACACCCACCACUUACACGGGUGCAAGACAGCUGCAACAACAAAAGACGGCAAACAAUAA